GUCCAGGAGAGUCACCAGCCUAGUCAAAAUAUAAUAAUAAUAAUAAUAAUGGGAAGUAACCGUCACAGGAAGAAGAAUAAACAAUAACAAGUACAGUAGAGUCUCACUUAUCCAACGUUCUGGAUUAUCCAACGCAUUUUUGGAGUCAAUGUUUUCAAUACAUCGUGAUAUUUUGGUGCUAAAUUCGUAAAUACAGUAAUUACUACAUAGAAUUACUGCUUAUUGAACUACUUUUUCUGUCAAAUUUGUUGUAUAACAUGAUGUUUUGGUGCUUAAUUGGUAAAAUCAAAACCUAAUUUGAUGUUUAAUAGGCUUUUCCUUAAUCUUUCCUUAUUAGCCAACAUAUUCGCUUAUCCAACGUUCUGGAUUAUCCAACGCAUUUUUGGAGCCAAUGUUUUCAAUACAUCGUGAUAUUUUGGUGCUAAAUUCGUAAAUACAGUAAUUACUACAUAGAAUUACUGCUUAUUGAACUACUUUUUCUGUCAAAUUUGUUGUAUAACAUGAUGUUUUGGUGCUUAAUUGGUAAAAUCAAAACCUAAUUUGAUGUUUAAUAGGCUUUUCCUUAAUCUUUCCUUAUUAUCCAACAUAUUCGCUUAUCCAACGUUCUGCCGGCCCGUUUACGUUGGAUAAGCGAGACUCUACUGUAAUAAAAAUAAUAAUGAGUAACAAUCAUGGUGGCAAUAAUAAUAAGUAACUAUAAUAGUAAGAAGAAUAAUGGGGAGUCACCGCCCUAGUAAGAAUAUAAUAAUAAUACAGUAGAGUCUCACUUAUCCAAGCAAAACUGGCCAGCAGAAGCUUGGAUAAGCGAAUAUCUUGGAUAAUAAGGAGGGAUUAAGGAAAAGCCUAUUAAACAUCAAAUUAGGUUAUGGUUUUACAAAUUAAGCACCAAAACUUCAUGUUAUACAACAAAUUUGACAGAAAAAGUAGUUCAAUACGCAGUAAUGUUAUGUUGUAAUUACUGUAUUUACGAAUUUAGCACCAAAAUAUCACGAUAUAUUGAAAACAUUGACUACAAAAAUGGCUUGGAUAAUCCAGAGGCUUGGAUAAGCGAGGCUUGGACAAGUGAGACUCUACUGUAAUAAUAAUAAUGAUGAGGAGUAAUAAUAACAAUCAGAAGGGUAAUGGGAAGUCACCACCCUAAUAAGAAUAUAAUAAUAGUAGGAAAUAAAAAGAAUGAUGGGAAGUCACCACCCUAAUAAGAAUGUAAUAUUAAUAAUACAGUAUUGGGAAGCACAGUAGAGUCUCACUUAACAUAAACGGGCCGGCAGAAUGUUGGAUAAGCGAAUAUGUUGGAUACUAAGGAGGGAUUGAGGAAAAGCCUAUUAAACAUCAAAUUAGGUUAUGAUUUUACAAAUUAAGCACCAAAGACAUCAUGUUAGACAACAAAUUUGGCAGAAAAAGUAUGUAGUAAUUACUGUAUUUAUGAAUUUAGCACCAAAAUAUCACGAUAUAUUGAAAACAUUGACUACAAAAAUGGCUUGGAUAAUCCAGAACGUUGGAUAAGCGAGUGUUGGAUAAGUGAGACUCUACUGUAAUAGUAAGAAGAGUAAAAGAAAGUCAUCAUCCUAGUAAAAAUAGAAUAAUAGUAGGAAGUAACCAUCAUAGUAAGAAGAAUAAUGGGGAGUCACCAUCCUAGAAAGAAUAACAAACAAUAACAAAUAAUGAUCAAUAAAUAACUAUAAUAGUAAGAAGAAUAAUGGGAAGUCACCAUCCUAGAAAGAAUAAUAAACAAUAACAAAUAAUGAUCAAUAAGUAACUAUAAUAGAAAGAAGAAUAACGGGAAGUCACCAUCCUAGUAAGAAAAUAAUAAUAAUAAUACUAAUAAUAAUAAUGGGAUGUGUUAAUAAUAGUAAGAAGAAUAAUGGUAAUAAUAAACAAUAGGAAAUAAUAAUAAGUGGCCGUAAUAAUAAUAAUAAUGGGAAGUAACAAUCAUAGUAGUAAUAAUAAGCAACAAAUUAUAGUAAUAAAAGUAAGAAUAAUGGUGACAACAAUAAUAAGUAUAAUAGUAAGAAUAACAGGAAGUGACAAACAUAGUAAAAAUAACAAUCAUUGUAAUAAUAAACAACAAACAACCAUAAUAGUAAAAAGAAUUGUGAUAAAUGACAAUAAUCGUAAUAAUAAUGGUAGGCAACAUUCAUAAUAAAAAUAAUAAUAAGCAGCAAUAAGUAAGAAUAAUAAUGGUAGGUACCAAUCACAGUAAUAAUAACAAACAACAACAAAUAAUAAGUAAUAAUGGUAAUAAUGGUAAGUAACAAACAUAGUAGUAGUAGUAAUAGUAAUAACUUUAUAUUCCGCCCCAUCUCCCCAAGGGGACUCGGGGCAGCUUCCCCGGGCCAAGCCCAACACAUACAAUAAAAUGCAGCAAUAUAAAAUACACAGUACAAAAUAUCACAAUGUAAAAUACAUAACAAUCACAGUGAAAACAACAACGUCAACAGGGUAAAAAGCAUAGCGAUUAAAAGAGGCGAUAAGGUGCUUCAGUUCAUAAUAAUAAUAAUCAAUAAGUAGCAAUAAGAUUAAAAAUAAUGGUAAAUAAUAAUCAUAGUAAUAGCAAUAAGCGAAAUCCCCUCUUCCAACCAGGUUGAGGCUACUUUGAAGUACACCUUCCAAUAAUUGGGAUAUUGAUGGUAAUUUCUGAAGUCUGUAAGUGUAUUUCUCAUUUGUUAGUGUUCAGAAUCCAUUCUGUUAGCAAAGCUGGGAAUUGUGGGCCUUGUUAUCUCAAGAUAGGGAGGAAGCGAUCAUUGAGAAAGGUGUAGUAGAGGUUGAGUAUCCCUUGUCUGAAAUGCUUGGGACCAGAAGUGUUGUGGAUUUUGGAUUUUUGAAUAUCUAUAUUUGCUUAUGUAUACAUAAUGAGAACUCAGGUCUAAUUAUCUUUCAUAUACCCCUUACACAUGCAGCCUGAAGGUAACUUUGUACACAACAUUUUCACUGAUUUGGGUAAUGAAACAAAGUCUGUGUCAUUAACAAUCAGGAAGCAAAAAGGUGUCACAAUUUCGGAGUCUUUCGAAUUUCAGGAUAAGGGACGUUCAAACUGUGCCAACAAGGAACUGCUCCACCCCACAAGCUCUGUAUGUGUCUGGAGGAUGACAAGAUUUGUACUUUAUUACCUGAAACUUUUCAGAAAAGGAUGACUGAGAAGAUGAGGAAAUGAAGAGAAGACUUGCUUGUCAAGUUCCUUGUUUGGGCUAGAGGUCACCGAUUCUCUUGCUGUGUUUGGAGUAGAUUUUCCAGAAUUGUCACGAGCUAAGAUAGAAUAGAAUCCUUAUAAGUUUAUCUUCCUCUUUUCCACCCCUUGCUCAUGAUUUUUUUUAUUCCAGGGCUACAGAUUGGGAAUCUUGUAAUUUGAAUUUUUCGCUCUUGCAGUUAGGUUUCCAUUGGGUUUUUUUGUGGUUUUAUUCCCUCCAUUGAUCCUCUCCCUACCAGAAAGUUCUAAGAAGAAAGAAGGAAUGAAGCUUAAGUUCUGGAGAAGAGCAUUUCUCAAGGGUCACAGAAUCAUUACAUUGGAAGAGACCCCUCUCAAAGGCCAUCAGUCCAACCCAAUUCUGGUACGCAAAAAGACACAAUCAAAGGCCUCCGGUCAGAUGGCUAUUCAGCCUCUUUUGAAAUCCUCCAGAGGAAGUGUCAUCACCACACUCAGAGGCAGCCUACUCCACUCUUGUCCUCUGUCUAAUGUGCAGUAAUUGGAGCACCUCCUGAAUCAAUUAUUAGCCACGAUGAACACUGAGGUUUGCUCAGGAUAUCUUAUGACACCCCGUCAUUUUUGCAAAGAAAUAGAGCUUCAAUUUCCCCUGAUAAUUCAACUUGGAUUGCCAGUCUCUAGGGUUGCUAUUAGAAUGCUGUUGAAAAAAAUCUAUGUUUAUUUGUGUAUAUUCUGUGUGUUAUAGUAAUAAUUUAUACCCUGCCCCCUCUCCCCGUAGGGACUUGGGGCAGCUUGCAACAAUCAACAGAUACAGGAAAUAAUAUAAGCAAUAGACAAUAGACAACAAUCAACAAUUACCACUUAAUACAAUUAAAAUACACAAUAAUAUAAAUAUUAAUAAAGAACAGUUUAUUUGACCUCUAAAAAUAAUAUAAAUAUAAACACCGUUUAAUCCACCAUGUUAUCAAAAUAUCCAGCAUUAUAAUUAAUGUUGUAAUGGUCAUUCAAGUCCUGUCUGAUAGUGUAGGGCCACAUCCCAUCAUCCUUACAUAGGAGUUAUAGGCCAACAAAAAUUGGCCAGUUUUGGGUGUAAAUCUCCUAUCUUCUAAUAACACACUUCUAAUAGCAUUUUGGCAGUUAAAAUCCCUCUUCUAUGUUCACAGGUUCAGUCUCCUUAGGGAUUGUCAACCUUGUAAAACUGAAUGGCUGUGUUUCUAAAGUAUCUUCUCAUUUCUGCUGUCUUGUGCCCCUUUUUAAUUUUCAGCAAGUUUGCAAUGGGAUGUGGUGAUGGAUCCGUCUUUGCUGUGCUGGUUAGUGAUUUUUCUCCAUGGCGUUUCCAAGGCUGUUGUCUAAUCUGCUUCUUCACAAUCUUGGCUAUUCUUUGAGAUGAAGAAAAUGAUACAGGCAGUUGUGUGGGCUCAUCAUCAUUUUAUAUACCGUAUAUAUAAUUUGGAGCAGCAGGAAAUUGAGGAAUAAUGAAUUAGCUUUUCAGUUUUAUAGACUAUUUCCGCAUGACUGAAUGCAGAACAGAAAAAUCAUAAAGGGAAAAGCAUUUGAAAAUGAUGCCUCCAGUAUCAAAGAUAUCUGUAUCACUUGCUGGGAAAUGUGAGAGGCAAGGCUCAGUUGGCCUCAUGUCCCGCUGGUGAACUCCCCAGAGGCAACUGCCUGGCCCUUGUGUGAAACGAAGGCUGGGCCGCCUAGACUUCUGGUCUGAUCCAGCAUAGUUGUUGCAUUGGUAUUAAAGAGCAUUGGGGCCUUGCCAGCUCAGCAUUUAGAUUUCAGUUCUAAUAUCUAACCUGAAAGAAAGUCUAUGAAUCUCAAAAUAUACCCCCAAUAAAACCCAUGGAAGGGUCUCUCACUCUUUCUGUUUAGGAGGAUACAAAAGUCAGAUGAUUCUAGAGAUUGGUUGCAUGCAGGGUGCUUGUUUUAUUACUGUGAGUCUUCCAAGUCAACUUUGACUCAUGGCAACUUUGUCCUAGGGAUUUCUUGGCAAGAUUUCUUCAGAAGAUGUUUGCCAUUGUCUUCCUCUUAGGCUGAGAGAGUGUGACUCAUGGCUGAGCAGCAGUUCGAACCCUCAGUUCUUGCAGUGUUAGUCUAACACUCAAAUCACUAGGCCAUGCCGCCUUUGCUUUACACUGGUCUGUUUCGUUGUUGAGUGCCUUCAAGUUAUUUCCAGGUUACAGUGAAUCUGUCUUUGGUGUUUCAUUUGCAAGAUUGUUUUAAGGGGCUUUUUCCUUUGCUUUACUUUUGAGGUUGAAGGAGUGUGACUUGAUUGGGGUUACCUGAUAGUUUCAUAGUCCAGUGCUCCAUUUACUAUAUUAAGCUGGUUCCUCUUUAAAGAACAACAACAACAACAAACUUUAUUUAUAUACCGCUCUAUCUCCCAUGGGGACUCAGAGCGGUUUACACAUAAUAAAAACAUUCAAUACAUAUACAUCAUACAAAAUACAAGAAACCAAUAUAACGGCAAUUAACAAAACAUAUUUAAAAUUCCAACAUUUUAAAGCAAUAUAAUACCUUAAUAAAAGCAAAUGCAAUCGGUUUCAUUCAAGUGAUAUUGCCCAGAAUUUGGCUUCCCUAUCAGCAUCUUGUGUUGCGUGCAAACAAAUAGGAACCUAACAGUACAUCUGGAGAUAAAAUGUGUUGGAUGGGUUAAAAUGAUGUUAUUUGGAAUUCAUGAUUGAUAGCUGCUGUUACUCUUCCUAUUGAUCAGAACCUUUAGGAGAUUUGCAUCUCUUGUUGCAACUGCAUAUCUUUCUGCCACUCUGUAAUUUGGAAAUAUUCGAAAGCUGGUGCAGUAUUCACUUCUGAAAUUCUAUGCUCUGAGACAGGGAUCCCCAAACUAAGGCCCAUGGGCCAGAUGUGGCCCUACAAGGUCAUUUGCCUGGCCCCUGUCCUAAACUUUAGACUUAGGGUUGACCUAAGUCUGAAACGACUUGAAGGCACACAACAACAACAGUCCUAAUUUUGGACUGUUUCAUCAUAGUCUGACCCCCAACAAUUUGAGGGACCGUGAACCGGCCCUCCACUUAAAAAGUUUGAGGACCCGUGCUCUGAGAGAUUGCUGUCUCACCAUUAUUAAACUUGCUGUGACCAAUACAUUGACCCAUACAAAUGUAUGAGUUCCUCCUUGGAGGAAGCAACUUGGUGCCUUCCAGAUGUUUUUGGACUAGGACUUCCAUGCUACUUGGUUCAGAUUGAAAUCAGUCUAAAACAUUUAGCAGAUAGAAGGUUGCCUGCCCCUGCUCUACACUAUAAUAUACCCAUUUGGUCUUGGAUGUUUUUACUGAGUUUCUGCUGGGAGAGGGUAAUAGCUGGUUUUCUGCACCGUUUGGAAUUGGCUGUGUGAAAUAUUUAGCAGCAUUAUUUACACUCAGAGGAAGUUGCCGGUUGGAGCUCUCCUUAUGUUGGUGCUCUGAGAUUGCCUCUUUGGUCAGAAGUCAAGUGCAUGUGGAAACUUUGAUUCAUUGGCCACUGGAUACAAAUGACUGAACCCCAUAACCAAAACCCUUUCAAAGUGUGCCUCUUUUUUUCUAAAUUGGAUGUGUGUGUAUUCUUGCCAGUCUUGCCAAACAGUGGUCUAGGUCUAAUGAGGCUUAUUAAAUGUUAAACAUAUUGAGAAAGAGGCCUUUGCUUGAAAAGACUUUGUGUCUUGGCAGUGUUUCUGCAUUAACAUAUACUUGCUUUCUCCCUCUCACCAGAUGCAAGUGGGUGAGUCUUUCUUAAUAGCCUCAGAACUUGAACUGUCCUUUUUAAUAUGGUCAAAAUAUCAAAAUGUUCUAGCAAUAGAAUAGAACAAACUUUGUCCAUAGCUAAAGCCUCUGUGUUUUAGUGGCGUCUGCAAAAGUGAGCUUUAUUAUUAAGUUGGUCAGGCACAAGGCAAAAGAAGGCCACAUGUAACACAGUAUAUCAUGUAACAGAGAUUAGCCCCUUAAUUAAAAAGAGUGGCUGGUGCAUCUUAAUCUUUCAGGUGGUGAAUACUUUUAUUUCUUCUGAAUGCCUUUGUUUAUUUAACCCAGGCUCGUUUUUCAAUAUGGGUUUGAAGAUGACUCACAGCACAGAUGAAAGCUACAUACAGCUUUAAAACAAGCUGUUCUAUUAAAAAUAAUGCCAAUUUAAAACAGAUUAAAAUAUUUUAAAAUAGCACUGAAAAUGAAAAUGUUGCAAUUUGCCACUGUGUUAACUUAGACUUAUGUCAACCCUAUGAAUGAGAGACCUCUGGAACUCCCUUUACAAGACUUUUCUGCAACAAGAGCAGAGGGAAAUAGAUAACCUAGGUUUCUGGAAGAGGGAGUCCUACAUAGAAACAUAGAAUCCUAGAAUUGGAAGAGACCUCGUGGGCCAUCCAGUCCAACCCCCUGCCAAGAAGCAGGAAAAUCUCAUUGAAAGCACCCCCCCCCCAGAUGGCCACCCAGCCUCUGUUUGCUUAAAAGCCUCCAAAAAAGGAGCCUCCACCACACUCUGGGGUAGAGAGUUCCACUGAUGAACAGCUCUCACAGUGAGAAAGUUCUUCCUGAUGUUCAGGUGGAGUCUCCUUUCCUGCAGUUUGAAGCCAUUGUUCUGCGUCCUAGUCUCCAGGGCUUGCUCCCUCCUCCCUAUGACUCCCCUCCCAUCUUGAUAAAUGGCCGUUAUCAUGUCUCCUCUCAGCCUUCUCUUCAUGCCCUGCUCUUUCAGCCCCUCCUCAUAGGGCUUGUUCUCCAGACCCUUGAUCAUUUUAGUCGCCCUCCUCUGGACACAUUCCAGCUUGUCAACAUUUCCCUUCAAUUGCAGUGCCCAGAAUUGGACAUAGUGUGAUUCCAGGUGUGAUCUGAUCAAGGCAGAAUAGAGGCGGAGCAUGACUUCCCUGGAUCUAGACACUAAGCACCUAUUUAUGCAUGCCAAAAUCCUGUUGGCAUUUUUAGCUGCCGCAUGAUAUUGUUGGCUCAUGUUUAACUUGUUGUCCAUGAGAACUCCAAAAUCUUUUUCACACAUAUUGCUAUUGAACCAGGCAUCCCCCAUUCUGUAGGGAAUGCCUGGCUUGAUAGCAGUAUGUGUGAAAAAGAUCCUGGAGUCCUUGUCUUGGGAAUAACCACCAAGAAUGCCUCUUAGGUUUGCACAUCAUGCGGGUUUGUGAGGAAGAUGGGACUGAGAGAAAGGACCCUGCCAAGGAUCUUAAAAUUUGGGAAUGAUCACAUCAGGUAGACUGGGUCUAAGCUGUCAUAGACAGGAUUUUGAAUUGUCGGUCGGUAUCCUGUGAAAUUGUUGCAACAAAGCAGUUAUGAGUUUCCUGUAACUAGCAGGGAACAUGGAAAGAUGAUACAGUUAUGUAGCUGUUAUAUUACUUUGUCAAUGAAGGGAGUUAACCACCAAAUCCACGUUGCCGAGUUGUUGAAAACGGCAAGUUUGGAAAAGGAAACUCCGUUUUAUUUGGUUUGUGGGGAACGAGUCAGAAAAAUUCAUUGCCUUAAGUUGCAAAUUUAUUUUGACUAUCUGCUCACUUAAUUUUAUUUUAAUGACUAACUUUUUUAUCACACUAGUAUAUAUUUUUUCUGCUUAAACCGAAUCCCUAAGUGCUAUCUCAUGUAUUGGGUUGACUAGCGAAAUCCGAACUAGAUCUACAAUCACGACAUUCACAUCCUGCCUCAGCAUGCAGGGACUGUCCUCUUUAAUCAUACACAGGUUAUUUUAAUGCAACAUCCCUAAUGCAUUUGCGUUUAGGUGCAAAGACUCUGAGAAACGACCGCUUUUCUUCUCCCUGUCACAAUAAGAAUAUAAAGCCUUUUAAGAUGGGAAAAUGCAUAUGGAUGGGAAACAGAGGCUGAAUCUGGAUACCAUUUGAAGUGUCAUAAGUACAUAAUUUGAUAUCUUGGAGAGGGGACCCAAAUCCAAAUGUAAAUUAAUUUUUGUUUCAUGUAGUGUGGAUGGAAUUUUAUAUAAUAUUUUAAUAAUUAUGUGUAUGAAACAAAGUGUAUGUAUGUACACUGAACCAUCAGAAAGCAAAAAUGUCACUAUCUCAUCCAAUCAUGUUGCUCAUUUCCAAUGUCUUGUGUAUUUUUAAUUUUGAAGUAUUUUUUAUUUUGGAAUUCCAGAUAAGGGAUGCUCAACCUGGAAUAAGAUGGCCUGAGUAAAAUAAAAAUGAAGGGCAGUGCAAGCUUCCAUUUAUACCACCUGGUUUUCCAAGGCUAUAUGGAUCCCUGAUAAAUCUUUUGUAAAUGUUAGAAAAGGCACGUGAAAGAAUUAAAAUGUGUGUGGAAUUUAGUAUUUACAAAAUUAUAUGGCUUCCCUUCUUUAGGUCAGUUACUCUGAAAUAGUUACUCAUGAUUUUGCAGUUCUUUUAAUAAUCUUUCAUAUACUCAUUCUUUUGCACUUAGAGUCUCCUGAAACUGACAUUGUUGUUGUUUUAUACAGGGAAUGUGUUUGCUAAAAUUUUAAUUGGCUGCCUGCCUUAAGUUUUUCAGUUAAGUAUUUGCCAUUUCCUUUUUGUGAAUAAAGAGCUUUUAAAAGCACAAGCAUGGCUUUAUUGGUCUCUUUAACCCAAUAUCCUGUCUCUAACAGCUGCCUGCAAUAUAAUCAGCAGGGAUAAUGACAAACAAUUCAGUUUUUCCAGUGUAGUAGUAAUAAUGUUACUCUCAUUUCCCAGUGGACUAAAGUUGGGGACCUUUGCAGAGAAAAAGACAUGUGUUGUGAGACUGUCUUGUUCAGAGAUUGUGUUUCUAUUUUACUUGGCUCGUGCACUUAUUUCUUUUAUAUACUGCCUUUUCCACAAAGUGGGACCCAAGACGGCUCACAGAUAAGGAACAUAAAGGAACAUAGACAACCAUUGAACUGUCAGACAGACAAUUGUCCACAUUCUUCCAAAAUGUUGAUGGUUGGAUACAAAAAAUGCUGGCACAAAAAAAGAAAAGUCUAGCUAAAAGUGAUAGGGAAUAGCAGAGAGUGUAGUAUGGUAUAUAACCUGAGAAGGUGAGAUCUUAACAUUCUUUCUGAUAUUCAUGGUGGAAUGUUGAAACUGGAAGAGAAGGGAUUACAGACAUUCUUUGUCUCAGAGAACCGAAGCUGGCACAGACACUUGGUAUUCACUACGUAUUAAAGAUUUGAUGAGUGAAGGGAGAUUCGAGUCGGCAAAGCAAGCAAGCAGCUCUAGUUUUGCAAAAUGAUCUUAGUGAGACAAAUGAGCAGUUGAAUUAUACUGUAUAUACUCCCGUAUAAGUCAACCUCAUGUAUCAGUCUAGGGCAGGAUGGAUUACGGAUUUUGAUUUUGACUCAAGGGUCAUUAUGUGGAGUGUGUUAUGCUUUUAUUUAUAAUAAUAAUAAUAACUUUAUUUUAUACCCUGCCUCUAUCUCCCCAAAGGGGACUCAGGGCGGCUUACAUGGGGCCAAGCCCGAAUAAAAACAAUAGCAAUAUAAAACACAACAAUUUAUGUAUAGUAUUAUUAAUAAAAAGACUUUAAAAAACCACCAAGUGACCUUGGGCAAGUCACAUAUUCUCAGUUCCAGAAAACCUGUGAUAGGUUUGCCUACUUGGAAGCACACAAUCAAGAACAAUAUGGGAAGAUAUAGAAAAAGGUAUUGAGAACAGAAUGUGGCAUUUGGUUGCCUUCACUCAGCAGGCGCUGGAUAUUUGGAUCUGAAAGCCCUUAUCAACCUAAGCUCAAAAACUAAGGAGACUGAAGAUGUGUGCAGUGAAGUGCUGUAUGGAGUCUGAGUUGAGUAGCAUUUCCUCCUUAGACCGAAGGGCAGCAAUCCUCCUGGGUUGAUGGGUCCCUCUUGCAAAUAAGGACAGGGGGAAAAGGAUUUGCCCCAAGGUGUGUGUGUUCCUUUAGCCUCCAAAUAGUUAACUUAGGUGAAAUUUCAUUGCCUGUUGCCUGGAGUCACUUCUCACUUGCCUUGGGCAAAGGGAAGUUGUUCACAAGCCUGUAGCUAUAGCCAUGGCAUUUUUGAGUCUCAAACACGUAAGCAGAUAAGAGUGUUGACAGGGUCUGGAAAAAAUGUAUGCCAUUAAGAAAUUUAACAAGGAAAACGGUUGCAAUAGGUCAGUGUCUUAAAUGAAGUUAUGCUGAGAGGAAGAGAAUCUGGUGUUUUGAGUGAUAAGCAUGCAUAUUAAAUGUUGCUUUUAAAAAAAAGGCCACGCUGAUGGAUUAAUUCAGACACUUGUUCUAGCACACAUACAGAGCACAGGGAUUUUUGCUUGGGAAAGAUUCGCAAGGUUGAUUGCUUUCACCUCUUUAAUUGCGUUCAAACUCCUUUGAGCCACAUGGAAGUAAGCUCUCAAAUCUAAAACCAUUUUGAGGAAAUUUAUUCAGAAUUUACCCCCAAAUAGGAAUAAGAUACAAAGAGCUAAUGAAAGACAUAGUCUCAUCUUCUAUGAUCCUGUCCAAGGUUCUUACACCUUCUUCUUAAGCUAUAGGUAGGUUCUGUAUUAAUAAAUAUAUAUGCUAUCCUCAUAUAAGCGAGUUGGAUAUCAAAUGCUGAAGUUAUAUUAAUAAAUAACUCCAGCAUUUGAUAUCCAACUCACUUAUAAAGUGAACAUAGCAUAUAGCAGGCAAAGAAACUAAUCAUAGACAUUGCUAUAAUAGUAGUUUAUAGAAGUGAAGAAGUAGACGUUCUAGAUUUUCAGCAUAGGCUGACAUUCAGCAUGGUGUGUCAGAAAGGCAGCCAAAGUGGGGUCCAUGUGAGCUAUCUUAUUCUAUUUAUAAAGCUACUAGCUUUGCCCGGCCACGCGUUGCUGUAGCUUAUGGGAAUCAUUUGUUGGCCAGAUGGAAUAGCAGUGAAUAGCCUUGCAGCUUCAAAGCCUGGCCGUUUUCUGGAGUAGCUGGAGUAGCACCCUCAAAGAGCUGCUUUGAAGCCUGGCUACUUCCUUUGUAGGGGAAUCCUUGUUUGGCCAGCUUGAACUGCACUGAAUAGUCUUGCAGCUUCAAAGCCUGGCCUCUUUCUACAUAGGGCCUCCUUGCUAGGCCAGGUUGAAUGGGACGGAGUAGCCUCAUGGCUUCAGAGCUUAGGGGUUUUCUAUCUAGGGGAAAUGGUUGUUGGCCAGGUUGAAUAGCAGUGAAUAGCCUUGCUGCUUGCAAUCCUGGCCGCUUUCUACCUUGCGGAAUCCUUGGUUGGCCAGGGUGAAUGGAGGGUGAAAGGGAGAAAUGUGGCAAGAGGAAGCCGCACCAAGCCAAUCCUGACCAGGACUUCCUUCCACCUGGAAACAGAUGCCCUCACUGUGGAAGAACAUGUGGGUCAAGAAUAGGGCUCCACAAAAAACAAAACAAAACAAAAAUGCGGCGAGGAAAGGCAAGGCCCGAGUCAGCCAUGAACGCGCCUCUGGCCUUUGAGUCAUUCUUGCUCUUUGAAGGGGAGAAAAAGAUUGCCAUCAACAAGAACACCAAAGUGCCCAAUGCCUGCCUCUUCACCAUCAACAAGGAAGACCAUACACUUGGGAAUGUCAUUAAAUUGCAGCUCCUGGAGGACCCGCAGGUGCUGUUUGCAGGCUACAAGGUCCUCCACCCGCUUGAGCACAAGAUCAUCAUCUGGGUGCAGACCACCCCUGACUACAGCCCCCAGGAGGCCUUCACAGACGCCAUCACCGACCUCAUCAGUGAGCUCUCCAUCCUUGAGGAGCGUUUCGGCGUCGCCAUCAAAGACAAACAAGAAGGAAUUGAAUAGCAGCACGCUCUUGGAAAUUAACCGUUUUGUCUUUAUUUUUUCAGUAGCCAACUAUAUCAAAGGGCAAGUAUGCCUCAGAUCCUGAAACCGGAGAGAUUGUCUGUUAACUAAUAAAUUAUACUUAAAAAAAAAAAAGAAUAGGUCUCCACAGUCAACUAUGUAUCUACCGCCAAGACACUACACUUGGAAGGCCAUCAUACUCAGACAACGAGGGAUCGCCUAAGAGAGAUUCGAUUGUAAGAAAAUUUUAGGAAUUCCGAAGAGAUGGUCUCUGUUGCUCAUGGUUAUAUUCACGAAUUCAGGCUGCCAAACUGUACAUUUGUCUAAGAUUAUCUAUUAAUUUUCAUUGUGACUGUGGGCAACUUGAACUGUUUGUAUUAGAAGAUUUUGCUUGUGACGACCUCUGUUUUGGGAAGCAGAAGGAUUUUGUUUUGGUGUAGCUUUUCCUUGUGAGUUGCCAGAUUAUUCUAGGUGAAAUCUUCACCUGUGAAAACAGGUGUGGAGCUCACUGUGUGGGUGAGGAUUUUCUGAAUCACUCUACAUGUUCAUAUUCUUUGUUUCUGAGAAACCCACAGAAAAUGUCCUUUCUUUUUGCUCUUUAAUUAUUAACCAAGUUUUCCUUUACUAUCUUCGUUCCACACCCCAUCCCUACCAACUCAUUGAUUCAAGGUAGCAGUACUUGGCUUCAUUUUCUUUGCAAUUUGCCAGAGUCCAUGAAACAACCCGACAAUGACUCUUAACACGUGCCUCUUAGUUCAAGGCCUAGAAGCAGCCCAGAAAGCAUGGGCCAGGCAAUCAACAUGUUUGUUUUAAUUGGACUUGGGAUAGCAUUAUAUGCCACAGGAAGCUUUUUGAGUUACAGUUGGACAUUGAGUGUUAGGUUGUGCCGGGGUGUUAGAAUGAUUCAAGUGAAGCACUGUUGUUUGGGGGAGUGAUGUAAAAGGUGUUUUUUUUUUUUUUUUACUGUUCGCCUCUCCCUUUGAAGUUACUUCACUUGUGAAUUUCUGUAUUCCCUGUUCCUCAUCAGGAGAACAUUUGGUCUAGAAAUCCUUGGUUUUCUUUCAAGUGAACUGAGGCAUCCUAUCUAUAAAAUGCAUUGCUAAGAUUAUGACUAAAUGGCUUGUUGAAGGGAAUGGGAGAGUCACUCAUAGCAAAUGAUUAGGUUAUAGCUUUUCCAGAAAUGCUGGUCAUUCAAAUGUUUAUUGGCUCUCUUCUUGGAGGAUCAGUUCUUUAUUACAACAUUUCAGGGUUGCUUUUCAGUCCAGAGGAAGAAUCCACUAUGUGGUUUACAGUAUUCUGGUUUCUGUUUUUCCAUCCAGAGGGUGCAUUUUUAUGUACAUUUGGUGUAGAACUCUUAAAUCAUUUAUUGAUAUUAUGAUUAUUAUUAUUAUGAUUAUUAUUAUUAUUAUUAGUUAUACUCUGCUUUAUCUCCCCAAAGGAGACUCAUAAUAUUGAGAAUUGACAUAAUAUUGAGAAUUUUAUCAGUUGGAAAACUCAACACUGCACAGACUUUACAUAAACAACAUUGUAAAAGCAGAGCCAGAAGUUUUGCUGGUAAUCUUAGCAUCCCCUUUUUUGUAUGUCCAUAGUAAAGACUUGUCCUUAUUGAGUUACUUAUCUAGUUAUUUCUGUUAGGAUAUUCUAUUACAUAGUCUGGCUUGGUUGAAGCUUGCUGCCUGGAUCGAGGAGCAAUGAGAUUGCUCACUUUUCCAGUUUAGAGUUGAGUUGUAGACUUAAAAAGCCACUUUAGGUCUCAAUCCUGAGGAAGAAAAGGGAGAGGGCACAAAUCAAUAUAAUAAUGAUAAAAAAAUAUGUAUUGACCUCCACAUACAAAUCUCAACCUAAUCAAUACAUCAGCUAUUUCUUAGAUUUUUGUCUUGAGUUCAUCAUCAUUUUUACAAUUUCACAAACUACAAAGAUGAUCAACUAAAUAUAUGCACAGAAAUUAAAAAAGCCCCAAACAGCAGCAGCAGCAAAUCAGAACCAGCUGUGUUGCAUCAUUGGGUGGGUAAAUGUGGAAACUUAUGAGUAUUUCAGAAUGUUUCCAUCAAUUUAGAUCAGGCAUAGGCAAACUUCGGCCCUCCAGGUGUUUUAGACUUUAACUCAAAAUUCCUAACAGCCUAUCGGUUGUUAGGAAUUGUGGGAAUUGAAGUCCAAAAUACCUGGAGGGCCGAAGUUUGCCUAUGCCUGAUAUAGUUGGUUAAAAAGAGAGAAGAAGAAGAAGAAUGGGCAGGUCAAGGAGACAUCCUAUCUGAAAACAAAGAGGUGGAAAAAAAGCAUUGAGCCUGCUUCGGAGAUAUUAUGAACGCAUUACUGAAAAACCACUGUAGACAAGGAAUUAACUAAAUGAAAAGUGGCUGUGUUUUCUAGCUCUCAGACUAGAAGUCCCCCCUUUUGUUCUAGCAUGUUGUGUAUCAGCUGGAGCCUUCCAGGCCUGUGGAGCUGCAGCUGGGGGAAGGAAGCAAGAUGUUCCCUGGGCUUCAGUGAUGGUUGUCCUAAUGGUCUUGGACGUCUGCUUGUACUUCCUGCUGGGAUUUUGAAAUAAACAAGUAGUUCUAUCCCCAGUAUGCUGAUAGGAUUUAAAUGAUGCAUAGUGAUGAAGGAGAGGAGGCAAUAAAGGGAACCAGAGCGGGGUUGGCUGACGCAUCCUCUUCGGGAAAUUUCCGCCUCGUGUCUUGUUCUCAAACUCGUAGGACUUUUCUCCCUGGUGUUUUAGCAGAUGAUUCAGCUUCGCCUGUGAGUUUGUCAUUUCUUCCUGCCUGGAUUUGCUUAGGCAUUGGAGGCAGAUUUGCAUUCACCGUCACACGUACACCGUUGCGCAUGAUAUGUUUUUUUAAAAUGUAUACAAGCUUGAGGGAAACUGAAAUCUGGGAGAAAAGCUCUGUAAACUAAACACUUCUAUACUGUUUAACUGAUUUGGGCAGAGCAGAACUUUGCAACCCACUUAGCAACUGCUUUUUAAGGCAGUCUAGUAUUAUCCCCAUUUUAGUGUUGACAUUAAAAUGCAGUGGCUGACUUAUAAAGAUCCAGUUGGAAUGCUGCUGGGCUAAGAUUUGAACUGAGAGUAUCUUCUUAACUGGCACUGUAAAUAGCUACUUGCUUAUUUCAGCUCUUCCAGGUUUAUGCUUCAUGUACAUCGGUUCUUGGUAUCUACUGGAGGUUGAUUCCAGUAUCCUUCCCCCAGAUACCAAAAUCUGGAUACUGAAGUCCAGAUAUAUAGAAUCCCAUGAUAAAACAGUGUCCUUUAUAUAAAAUGAAAAAAUAAAGGUUUCUUCUGGGAUGUUUAAAAAUAUUUUUAAGUUGUUGAUUUUGGGAUCCCUGGAUGCAGAAUCUUCAGAUACUGAGAGGCAACUGCAGUUGAGUUAUUUGAAUUCACAUGGGUUACCUGCAAUGCUAGUAUUCGUGUGCCGGUUUCUUGCAUACAACAUAACUGAUAUAUUUUAAAAGUUCAGGUACAACCACAAACAUAUAUUAGUAUCUUCCUUGUUUGCUGGCAUUUGCUGGUAUAGCUGAUUUGAGUCUCCUGCGUGAGAGAUAAAUGAGGUGGGUAUACACACACACAUAUACAUAUGCCAUGUGAAAAUCUCUUUUCUCUGUGUGCAUUAUCUCUUCAGAAUUAUUUUGAAUGAACUAUUUAUUGAUUUCAGUUAGAACAACCUGUUGUUGGUUUUGUCUGAACAGAGAGUAUGGGAGGCGGAGUAUGCAAGAAAGUCGGAGGUUUCGGAUUGGUUGUGCACACAUCUAACAAUCAAAAUAUAAAAUCAGCAUGUUUUUUUUAAGUGACCCUUUAUAAAAGAUGGAAGGUGAACCCAAGUCUUACAGGGCGGAGUGUAAUUGAUUCAGAUAAGUCUUGUUCUCUAGGAAUGAUACUAAUGGGUGGUCCAUUUGGCAUGCAGCUGUCUUAGAAUCAUAUGGCAGGAUCUAUCCUUAGCAAGUAUGGGUCUCUUCAUUACUGCAGUAUAAAUUAUCCAUUCACCUAACAAAUGGAAACUCAAGAUAGACAUUUUUCUGCUUCUUUUCCUACCCAGACACAACAUUUACUCUCUGUGGCCCUAAACAGGGUUUUAAACAUAAGUCAUUGCAGGAAAUAGGAAUGUGUUUUGUUCGUUCUAGGACAAGCUUGGGAUGAGGAUCUCAAUAUGCAUGCUGACAAGACUCUGAAGCUGUUCAUUUUUAUUUGAGCCCUCUUGCUAGCAGCCUGCUUUACAAGAGUGGGUUAUGUAUGGAGACAAUAGAGCUCCUAUAAAUAAGAAAGGGAGAGCUGGGUCACUUGUGCUCAUAGGGGAGCCUAAGGGAAAUAGCAAAGUGCCAGGCCAAAUCUGAUUUCCUGUGUGAAAUGGCUGUGGGGACAAAAGCGCUUAAGGAGUAGUUGUUGUAGAGUGAGCAAAUGCUCCUGCUGUGUUAACCCAUUAAGUCUCAGUAGGUUUUAGGAGGAAGAGAAGAGACCCUUUGAGAUAAACAAGGCAGCAUCUUCUUAACAAACCUAAUUGUUGAUGGGCCAAUCCACUGGUGAUGAUGAUUUUUUGUUGCCUCUGUUCCACUUUGCUGCUGGCGAUGGUUAUGUGUUGGGUGUCUGUGAAAUUCAGUUAUUGGGGUAGACAGGCAAUAACUUGGGUAAUGAUUCAGAAGGGACAAAGAUAUGUGACUAGCACACUGUGAAUAAUCAGUAAUGGAGGCAACUAAUAUUCAUGUUUAAUGGGGUGAUAGUACCAUAGUUUACCUGACCCUUGGCAUGCUCUGGUUGAUGGUAAUCUCUAUGAGUUUGCGUUUAGAAAAUAGGUCCACGUUAGGGUCCUUGUAAAUUGGGAAGUACUUGAAGGCACACAACAGCAACAGUGCUUGAUGAGAAAUAUAAGGAAGAGAGUUAAUGGAGUAUGCUCUCCUGUUUAACAGGGUGCCAGUUUGGCAGAUCUUGUUCCAUAUAGGAAGUCAUUCUCAUUUCCCCAAUCUAAUAAGUUGAUGCGUAAUGAAAAACUACAGAUAGAACUCAGAGGUGGGACAUUGUAGCCUUCCAGUUCACUUGGCAGCUUUGAGUUUGACCAAAUCAAGUUUAGAAAAACGGAGGUAUUGGACUACAGCUCACAUUAUCCCUAAGGUGGCAUGGCCAGUGAAGUACAGCAGUUUUGGACAGGAUGCCUUAGAAGAGACACAUGUACAUGAAUAUGGUUCCUGAAGUGAUGUGGUUAUCUGAGCUAAAGCACAUCUUGGUUGGAAUCUAUAUCUACAAUAAAAGUCAGUGUUUGUAUGCGGCGGGCGGUGUAUGUAUGUAUGUGUGUAUGUGGCAGCUUUCUGAUUGGCCGCCACUUUCAUAGGCCACUGUCACUGCCAGGAAUCACUGACAUGGACCAAACUUGGCACACUUAACCCCCAUGACGCACUUUAUGGCCUGGUGCCGUUGGCGGGACGAUGACCCAUGGGUGAUGGGAUUUGUAGUACUUUCAAUUGCUACGACUCCCACAGGCCACUACAACGCCUAGCAGUGAUGGAACUGGACCAAAUUUGGCCCACAGAACCCCCAUGAACCCCUUUCUGUCCUGGUGCAGAUUGGGGGAGGAUGGACCAAGUAGCUUCACUCACUUCUUCCUCUGAGAGUUGUAGUUCACCAGACAGCACUGAACCCAGCCGACUUCGGAUCUGGACCAAACUUGGCACACUGCCUCAUCAUGCCCAACUGAGCAUACAGGCAGGAUUUCGGGGGGGUUGUCCUUUGGCUCUGGGAGUUGUAGUUCACUCUUAUACAGACAGCACUGAACUCAUCUGACUUCGGAUCUGGACCAAACUUGGCACAUUACCUCAUCAUGCCCAACUGAACAUACAGAAAGGGGUUUGGGGUGAUUGUCCUUUGGCUCUGGGAGUUGUAGUUCACCCUUAUACAAACAGCACUGAACCCAGCCGACUUCAGAUCUGAACCAAAAUUGCCACACUGCCCCAUCAUGCCCAACUGAACAUACAGGCAGGGUUUCAGGGUGAUUGUCCUAUGGCUCUGGAAGUUGUAGUUCACCCUUAUACAAACAGCACUGAACCCAGCCGACUUCAGAUCUGGACCAAAAUUGCCACACAGGUUUCUCCAAAGGCCCGGGCACCUCUGGGUCCCCAAGCUAGUUUAAAAUAAUCUUGGUAACCUUUAUAAUUGAAAUCAGCUUCCUGGGAAAGAAUGACUUUGUGUCUACCUGUGUGCAUUGGCUGCAGUCACCUGCAUCUUUUGCUACAGCAAGAAGGUCUUAUGCAAUCAUUUAACCUGCUAGAAAUAUUUGGCAUACUAUUCAGGUAUUGCAAACAUCUUCUGUGAAGUAGAAAGAGCAAAAUCAGGAGUACAUUGAUUUAUAUAAACCCAAAAUGUGUGUGCUUCUUGAUUUUUCAGCGUAUGGCCUGGAAGACUGCAUGGUGCUGGAUCCAAAAUUGUCAAUUAUUCAUGCUUUCAGUGUAUCACGUUGAUUCGAACCAUGAUAUUUUGAUUCACUGAAGCUACUAGGAAAUUCAGCCUGCCUCCUCCAUUAAUAGUUGUAGUGAAGUGAAAGGAGUGAGUAAUGGGGGAGCUGCUCUUUUGGGACAAACUAGUAUUUUGCUGCUAAUUGAUCUGGGAGAGAUUGUUGUGGGACUCUGAAAUACACAAUUUGGCUUUGAUGAAGCAUCAAGCUUUGUUCAGCAAUUAAAACUGGAGGCUGAGGAUUAAGUAGCUGCUUUUGAGAUAAAUCCAAAAUGGUGGAGAAAGAGAAGCCAAGAGUAAAGGAUUACUUGCAGGAUGGGGAUAUCUUAUCUUGCAAAAGGAUUGUGGAUUUUUCUUAAUAUGACAGCUGGGAUGCUGGGAGCCAAGAAGUUUCAGUAAAUGAAAGACCCCUGGCUUGUCGUGGUGAAGUGUAGCAUAAUAUUGAUUUCUUGUCAAAUACUGUUUUGUUAAAACAUCAGCUACGGGGAUUUUCUGAUUACUAAAAAAGACAAGAAUGAAAAUGCCAUGGUAAUCACUCUUAACUAAAGAGAAGUAAGUGGCCUUAGUAGCCACCAAGAUGUAUAUACAGUGUAUAGGAUAGAUAGCUCUAAACCCUCUAAAGACCAUAUGAGAAUUGGUUUUUUUGGAUAGUGAAAAUUUAUUAUUUUAAAAAAACAAUUUCAAGAAUUAGCCAGGCUUAUGAUGCAAAAGAUAUUGGUUCUCUGCUUGUGUAGAUUGGAAAAAACGACAGCCCAAAAAAGAUAAACUGGAGUUUGCCUGCAACUGAGAAAAUUAAUCUUCUCAGAUUUAUCAAGGAGGUUGAAAUCUGUCACACAUUAUGUUCUUAAAUCAUAACUAAGAAAGAACACAGGAACAAGCUGUGUUCAAGAAGCUCAGCAGUCUGUCACCUAUAACAACCCACUCCAAAUUCUUCUGGCAGCUUUUAUUAAUUCUGAAUUCUAAUAGCCUACCUCAGCUGCAUGCUGAUACAGGUUAGAGUAAUUUAUUAUUAAAUACUAAACUGGAUGUACCUUUCAUCAUCUUUUCAAGACCUUUGUGGGUAGUUUUAAAAAACAUUUUAAAACACACGUCAAACCUCUUAAAUGUAUGUUAUUUCUAAAUACCUUAAAUUAUAAUAAGCUGUUUCAAUUAAAAAAAAAGUGGUAAAAGGAAAACAAACUGUCUGGAAUUUAUUAAUUUAAUUUAUACCCCCAUCUUUUAUCAACACAGGACCCAAUAAGACGUUUUAUAUCAGUUUUCUUAAAAUAGAAUUCGGACCAUCUGUCAGAGAGAUAACAUGCAGGAAGGUGGGGAUCAGGGGAUCUUUUAGGAGUGAUAUAGUGGCGUAUUCCUGAGUGGCAGAGAGUUAGACCAGACCUUUUAAAAUUUUAGUAUUCCGUGAUUCUCUGAUUUUGACCUACAAAAUCUUAAAAGUCUACCUUGUUCUUCACCCUGGUAAUAAAUCUUCAUCAGUCCUUACAUUUAUCUUUACUGUAGUUGAAGGGACUCAGAAAGACAAAUAUGAAGGAACUAUGCAGUAUUCUCAAAUAUAAAGAUAUGUAAUUUAAUCCCAAAAUCAGAAUUAUCCAAGCCAUUGCAUUCCCACCUUCUUUGUCUGCAUUGUUAUGAAAGCUAAACAGAAAGGAGAGGAUCAACUAAUUUGGAAUAUGAUGCUGGGAAGUUCUACAGAUACAAUGGACUGUUAAAAUAACUAAUAAAUGGAUCCCCAACCCUGAACUAUGACACAUUGGAAAAAGAUAAUAAUGCUCAAUAAAGGAAGGAAAAGACUGUAGGGCAGUGGUUCCCAGACUGUGGGUCUCCAGAUGUUUUGGCCUUCAACUCCCAGAAAUCCUAACAGCUGGUAAAUUGGCUGGGAUUUUUGGGAGUUGUAGGCCAAAACACCUGGGGACCCACACGUUGAGAACCACUUCUGUAGGGGAAGAGUGUUGACUCUGUCAAGAAAGCCAUGACUGACCUGAAUUUGCAAGACCAAGCUUUUGGAGGACUGUCCUUCAAAGGGUUGCCAUAACUUGAAGUCAGCUUGAGAGCAGAAAGCAACAACACAAUAAGAGGAGAGAAAAAGCCUAGAAAGACAGAGAGAAAGCUUUAGCGAAACAGAGUCUACUGUCUCUUUUUACUGUAUUUACAUCUGCUUGACAGGAUUUUGGAUAUGAUGAAUCCACUAUAUUUGCUCCCCCCUUACUCAAACUGCUUCUUUUUAAUUGUUAUUGUAAUAUAAAUGGCAUUGGCUUUAACCAGGCCUGCAGAACCUGUGAGCUUCCAGGUGUUUUUGCCUCCAACCCACAGAAUUCCUGGCCAUUGGACAAGCUAACUAUUGCUUAUGGGAGUUGGAGGCCAAAACAUCUGGAGGGCAGUAGAUUAUGUAGCCCUAGCUUAAACCAAAAUUUCUCCCUUUUCUUUGGAGGGAGGAAGACUGCUGUCCUGUUUGGUGAUUAUUAUUUAUGAUAAUAUGGACUCAAGAUGCAUGGAAAUGUAAGAAAUGGGAUACCGAUCCUAAAAUAAAAUAUGACUUUGAGACACACACACAUACCCCCCCACCACCACCACCACUAAUCCAUGUGUUCUGAAGUCAAUGACAUAUCUUUUGGGAUUGUUGUACCAUUAAAAUGCCAUUCAGUGAGUAUUUGGGUGGAAGGGUGGUGGAAUAUGAAUUCAGCAGACUAGAGCAUCCUAUUGUGGGUACUGCACUGAACACAAUAAUCCCAAUAUGGACAGGCGGUAUUAUUUUUGUGGACCAGACCGUUAUUCCCUCCAGCCCAGUGGCGUUCUGUUUUGGCAGCAUUGCGGUGGUGAGUCAUACUGAAGAGGACUGGUUGUCCUUUGUGUGUCUCUGUCUCAUUCAUUUCUCUUGCCAGUGUUGACUUCCGCUGAGGCCUUCACGCCUCUUUGUUCCUUUUGUCUAUUUUUUUCCACAAUAAUGGAGCUGCUGUAAAUUAUUGAUCAGUGCCAGCUACGUUCCUUGUUAUUUGAAGGCAGAGUCUGUUUCCAAUACUUCCAGAUUAGACUGUUAAGGAAGAAAGUAGAUUUCUUGAUGGUAAUGAAAGUAGAUUUCUGGAUAAUGACACUCCUUCUUCCAUAAAGGACUUAUGCAUAUUCUGGUGAUUGACAAAGGGUAGCCUCACUCCAUCACAUUGUUGGAAAGGAAAGUGACAUUUCUUGCUCAGAACUAAGAAACAGAGUGCAGUUAUUUUUGGUAACAACAUAUAUUUGAAAAUGACAAGCUCCAAACACCCAAGGCCACAGUGCUUUGAUUGGCUAUUAUAUUGUCUCCGGUUUAAAUAUCACAUCUUCGCUAUGAUGGAAGAAGAGGAACACCAGGUUCUUUAAAAGGUGUGAAGUGCUGCCUGAGUUGCAUUUGAAGAGAGUGAGGUAGUGAAGUUGAUGGAAAAAUUCUUCCCUGUAGAUUUUGCUAAGCCACUAGGAUGUUUUUCACACUGCCAUCUUGGCCUCUUGUUGUUCAGCACCAGACUCUACUUUUUAAUUAAAAAAUAUAUCCAGUAUUCACUCCUCAUCUCAACAACCUUAGAAGGCUAUCUGUUGGAAGGGUUGCUUUUUUUAAAACUAAUUUUAAUGUUAUUGAUAGUUUAAUGAUGUUGUAUUUUUACAACAACAUGUACAAGGUGUGUUUAGAAAAGGCAGAGAGAUGAGAGACCAAAUUGCCAAUAUCUGCUGGUUAAUGGAGGAAGGCAGGGAAUUUCAGAAAAACAUCUAUUUCUGUUUUAUUGACUAUUCUAAAGACUUUGAUGGUUCAGAUUAUAAUAAAUUGCAAUAAGUUCUUGGUGAUAUAGGGAUACCAAGUUACCUUGCCUGUCUCCCGAGGAAUCUGUAUAACGGCCAAGUAGCAAUGGUAAGAACAGACCAUGGAACAACAGACUGGUUCAAGAUUGGGAAAGCAGUAUGGCAGAGCUGUAUACUCUCGCCCUCCUUAUUCAACUUGUAUGCAGAACACAUCAUGGGAAGUGUAAGGCUUGACGAAUUCAAGGCUGGAGUUAAAAUUGCUGGAAGAAACAUUAACAACCUUGGAUAUGCAGAUGAUAUCACUUUGAUAUCUGAAAGCUAGGAGGAUCUGGGGAGCCUUUUAACCAAGGUGUAAAAAGAAAGUGCAGUAGCCUGGUUGCAAGUCACUCCUGACGUGAAAAAAAAAGCCUGGUUGCAGUUAAACAUCAAAAAAACCAAGAUGAUGACAACCAGACUGAUUGAUAACUGGCAAAUAGAGGGAUAAAACAUGGAGGCAGUGACAGACUUGGUGUUUCUAGGUGUGAAUAUGACUGCAGCCAGAAAAUCAGAAGAUGUUUCCUUCCUGGGAGGAGAGCAAUGACCAACCUCGAUAAAAUAGAGAAGAGUAGAAACAUCACACUGGCAAUGAAGGUCUGCAGAGUUAAAGCAAUGGUAUUCUCCAUAGUAACCUAUGGAUGCAAGAGCUGGACCAUAAGGAAGGCUGAGCAAAGGAAGAGACGUUUUUGAACUGUGGUGUUGGAGGAAAAUGCUGAGAGUGCCUUGAACCUCAAGAAGAUCCAACCAGUCCAUACUCCAGGAAAUAAUGCCCGGCUGCUCGCUGGAGGGAAGGAUAUUAGAGGCAAAGAUCCUUCGGCCACAUCAUGAAAAGACGGGAAAGCUUGGAGAAGAGAAUGAUGCUGGGGGGAAAGGAAGGAAAAAGGAAGAGGGGCCAACCAAUUGCAAGACAGUAUCCUUGGAGUGACUGGCUUGACCUUGAAGGAGUUGGGGGUGGUGACAGGGUUGGUCCAUGAGGUCACAAAAGAGUCGGAAACAACUGAACAAAUAACAUUUUUUUGCAAGGUCCCUUUGAAUUGUGUAAGCAACCUUGAGCCCAAAGUUUUAAAAAGUUGGGUACAUAAAUAAGGAGGAGGAGGGAGGGAGGAUUAGCAUUGUAUGAGUACUGCCAUAAAAUGUGCUGAUGUUCCUUAAAUGGUUGGGAGGCCAGGUGUUGUAUAUCUAUGGCUUCUGUUGGAGUCUGAAAAAGUCAGCUGGGCUGGGCAGGGAUUGACCUUAAAGGAGAAGGUCAGUGUCCUGGGAAUUUGCCCUAUUUCUCCAGACUGUAUCGGCGUUUAGCAGAACCUGGCCUGGCUUCCUCAUACCACAGCACCUGUGUGGGUUUUUUUUUAUGAACUUGGUUUACUAGGCCAUCAGUACCCUUAUCUGUAAGAAAAGCCUUUGAAGAAGGAGUUGUUUGCUUUAUGGCUCACUCCUUUUAUCUGUUCUUUGGAAAUUGCAGGAUGCCGUUCUGCUUGAUAUGAAAUGCCAUGGAUGAUCUCUGCAUGGCUUUCAGAGACAAGAUCUUUCAAAGUACACCGCUGCAAUACUGGGCUGGUUGUAUGCUAGUUUGCUUCAGGGCUAACGAUCGGAAGCCUGUAUUAUUUCAAAGAGCCUUCCCAUGCCAAGUCUUUUCAGUUGCUUAGAUCACUAGGAAGAGCAAGCAUUGGGAAGGAGCAGGGAUAGUGGCUUCUCGUGAUCUGUGGUUAUACUGAUUGUUGGUCAUCAUGGCCCAAACAUACAAUUGCAGUGGCUUGGAUACGCACAUGACGCACAUAAUAUAGGGAACGACCCUUUAUAUUUGUUGCCAUUCAUGAGGGGUCCUGAAAUGAAACCCCUCAGAUGUUAUUCUUCUCAAGACUUUGAUCCAGCCUCCCAAGAGGGUUUUAAUUCCUGAAUCCUCUAUGCAGGAUGUUUGAAGGAACUUUAAAGGAUGUAAAAGGUCUGGGAUUUAAGGGAAACAAAUAUAUGUGCAUAUCUCAUUUAUUGCCUUGGGGUGGAAGUUUUACAAUAUUUUGUGUGUGCUGCUUUGUGAUAUAAGUAACUUGAAAUGAAGAAAGCAUCGCGAGGCAUAAUGGUUUGAUGGUUGGAUUAUGACUCUAGGGUUCAAAUUUGCACUUGACCACAGAAAUCCAUCGCAUGACUUUGAGCAAAUCAUUCUCAGCUUCUGAGUAAGGCAGAGACAAGCCUUCUUUGACCAAAUUUUGCCAAGAAAAAAACCCUGUGCUGGGUUCAUUUAGGGUCACUGUAAUUUAAAAAGACUUCAAGGUAUACCAUCAUCACAAGAAUUUAAUGAAAGGGAGAUGAGAACUACCAGCAAAUAAAGAGUUGGAUUAACUCUGUUUGUCCCUCCAUCUUUUUGUAUAGCUCUCAGGUGGCAUACAUGGCCUUUUGCCCGUUUUAUUUUCACAACAUUGUUAAAAAAUGAAUGGGCUGAAGCCAAGAAAAGAUUGGCAAAGCCUCACCACUUCCUUUCUAAAUGGUGAGGCUUAUUAGAAGAUAUAAUAGGACCUCGUAGCUUUCAGUCUGUUACUCUGAAAUAUCUUCUUCCACUUAUUGUUGACGUUACUCUGAACAUGUUUUUCUCCUUACUGUUCCAGGUAGGUACCUGCAGUAAUAUAUCAAACAACCAAGGUCCAGGCACUUACAGCAAUUAAUAAGCAAUUAAUAAGAGAAAUAUGCAGAUUUCUAAGCUGCACAGGGCUUUUAUUGGUUUCUGUUGUUUAUCAUGUUUAAGGAAGAGAUCACUGAAGAAUGUGGAUUCUGAUAAAAGGUUAAAUAACAUCUGCUUGCCACCUUUUCCUUGUAAGACUCCAUGUUCAAUCAUGAAAAACUAUGAAUAGCUCUUAAACAAAUUGGUGUGCCGCAACAUUUGAGUAAGUUGAUGCAUAACCUGCACCCAGAAUAUGGAGACACAGAAUGGUUUCCAUUGGAAAGGCAGCUGCUGAAGCCUGCAUUCUGUUGCCCUAUCUAUUCAACUUGAAUGCUGAAACAUAUCAUAUGCAAGAUGGGAUUAGCUUUCCAUAAUGCUUUGCCCUCUUUUAAGAUUCAUUUUAGUCUGUUACGGAGACCAGGGUUUGAACCUUGGCUUGGCCAUGGAAAUCCAUUUGCUAACCUUGGGCAGAUCAUGCUCUCGCACCUUCAGAAAAAGGCAUUGUCAAACCUCCUGAACAAAUGUUGCUAAGAAAAGCCAGCCUUAGGAUUGCCAUGACUUGGAAAUGACUUAAAGUCACCCAACAAAUAAUAGUGGAUUCUCUGGAAACAGUUUGCUCUCCCAUUUAAACCUGACUUUGGAAUUCUAAUGGGCUGAGAGUUUCUCUCAAUAUAUCAUUCUUGUUCCUUUCAGCACAGGGUUUUAUGGCUUGCCACACCUUCCCUCCUGCCUUCAUUGAUGGUUGCAUGGAUUGACGGAAGAGUGCAAGACAGCAAACCUUGGUCUCCUGUUACACACGCGUAGUCAAUCAUCGAUCUGUGUGUGCAGCCAUAAUUGCUGACAGGGUGAUACAUUUUUUAUGAAACCAGGAUGAGUAAAAGAAAUAAUUUAUUUGUCUCGGUGGUGGUGCUGAAUCCUCAAGAAGCUGGGAGGGAGGCUUUUGUCUUGGCUUCACGUCUCUUCCCACCAUAGAAUCUGAUCUGAUUAGUUUAGGGUUUUUUGUUUUUUUUUAAAUUUCUUUACUGAAGUGAUGAACUGAAAAAAAAACUAGGGUGACAUGUACCUUUAUUUAUUUAUUAAAUGUAUUUAUGUGCUUCUUUACUCCCAAAGUAUGACCCAAAGAUGCUCACGGGUUAAAUUAUUCAAAAUCAUGCAAUUCAAAACAGAAAAAAAUCUCAAACAAUACAACACAAAAAGAUAAAAAGUUAAGAUUAUAAAACAGCAAAUACACACCAAAGUUACCUCUGUGAGAGUAAUUACACAUUAAAACUCUGUUUCUGAAACUUUUUUUGAUGGUAUAUAAAUUAGGAUAGUAGCCAAAGUUUAGGGAUGGAUAUGGCAAAGUUGUACAGGCUAAUAUUGCUAGUCUUUGUGUAAACCUGCAACGUUUGCACAUUUAAGCCAUAGUCAUAAGCUCAAACUCAGUUGAACUCACUGAAAUGCCUCCAAGGAAAGGUGACUAAUGGGGGAGUACUCUUACCAUGAUUUUCUUAACACUUUUAUGUGGAAACAUCCUUGAGAACGUGAAUAUAAAUUCUUUCAUUAAAUAAUUGGCCACUGCAUGUCUGAUAAAGUAUGGUCACAUUAAUAAUAUUUUAUUCACCAAUAUACUUUUAACUUUCCUUUUCUUUUUCCCCUGGAUGACAAAGGAAAGGCUCCUUUUAGGCAUAACUUUACUAAUCUGUACCCUAUUAUAUUACGAACUGUGAAAUUGGUACUCUUUGGUUGGAGAUAGACAACGCUGUACUUUCCACAGCCCUGGAUUUCUCUUCCAGCUAGACACAAUUCUUUCCUCUUUGCUAAAGAAAUAGGGAAAUCUUUUGUAUUUCAUGUUUUAAGUUGGAUGUGCAGGUCCUUGUGGGUUAAGCUGAGAGAAAGAAGGAAUGCAUUCACACUGGUCUUUUCCACCUCUGGACACUGUUACUGCCAUAAACAGAUGUGAGCCGUUCUGCUUGGCGUUUUCGUGACAACGCAAAUUGGAGAUCAGAAGGGUAUUAAAGCAAUUGACUGCUCCAGGUGUGGCCUCCCGAGCAUGUAUUCCAAAGGCAUUAAGAUGGAUUUAAUGGCUUUGCAGCUUUAAUCACGAUUGCAAUUGUCAGCACUUCCAGUGUAAUGAAAGCCCCCCCAUCCACCCUGAUGUUCUGAGCUUCAUGUAUAAACAUAGGACAUUUUAAGACAGAACUCAUCUUUUCCACAUUUUGUAAUAAAGUCUUCUACUUUUUCUAUAUGUUGGUUUGUGGCUGUGUCUUCCAUGGCAACGCCAUUGAUUAUAUAGGACUUUCUUAUACAAAGAAUCUUCAGAGGUGACUUUUCCAGUUCCUUCCCUGAAUGUAAUCCAAGUCCUGGCCAGGACCGACACUGCUUGUUUUCCAAGAUAAGACAGGAUCUUGUUGCCCUUAGGUUUACAUUGCUUUAGGCCAGCUUAACAUUAACAUUUUGUGUAUACAUACUGUUUCAAUUCUGUAAUUAUCUGUUGUCUUUAAAGUAUUCAAAUAUAAAGUCACACCAUAUCACAUUGAAAUCACACCAUAUUUUUCUAACUUGUGAGUCCAUCCCGCCCUUUGCCCAGUUCUCUUCUGCCUUUCCCUUCAGUGAAUCCAAGUCACUGCUCUUGAAUUUUUCCUGUUGUGAUUAAUGGCAGUUUGCAAAUGAGUUGGGGGAUUUCUAUUUUAUAAAUCGGAGAACUCUUCACAACAAACAAAAAUAUAUACUCUGGACAUUCCACAGAUAUAUAUACAUUCCACUUGCGUCAUUUCCAACAGACCUUUGAACAGACCUCUGAGGAUCAGGAGAGAAUGCUACUGGAACAUAGCAAACAGCCUGAAAAACUCACAACAACCCAAUAAUAUAUUCCUCAUAUAGAAUUAGACCAUUGAGGCAUGAGCCAAGUGCUGGCUGCUCUCCUUGGCAGCAGCUAUUUAGCGUUUGCUGGUGCGGGGCUUUACUAUCAUUGCUGUGGCAAAUUAAUGAAGUGAUAACCAAUCUUUUACAUUUUGUUAGUGAAGAUGAGCACAGAAAAUAGGGGAAAUUGCCUCUGCGUCUGUCUGUCUCGGUCUCUGUUUGAUGUGUUUAUGGGCAUUGAAUGUUUGCCCUAUGUGUGUAUAAUGUGAUCCGCCCUGAGUCCCCUUCGGGGUGAGAAGGGCGGAAUAUAAAUACUGUAAAUAAAUAAACAAAUAAAUAAUCGAGCACAGGUUGGAUAUCUUAUUCUUUGUUUUUCCCCCAACAGCAGCCUAGAGUCUGUGCUGGGAGAAAAGUGGGAUAUAAAUGAAAUAAAAAGGGUAAUAGAUAAAUAAAAUGUUUGCAGUUUAAAUGGUAAACUUAUUUACAGGGUUAUUUGAGUUUCCAUUUGGAAGCUAAGUCUUGUAUUUCAGCUUAUCAGAGAUAUUUGUUAAAAGCAUGACUGAGUUCAAUGGAACUUAACAGAACCGUGAAUCGGGCUGCAGUCAUUAAGCACCCAAUAAAUGGAGUCUUACACUUUGUCAUCUGGAAUCAUGGUGAUUUUACAACAGAUCUGGAAUCGUGUCCUUUGAAAGCCAUGCCUUUAUAAACAAACCUGGGCUGUUCGUGUGCAUUUAUGUUUGCCGUGCAAAAGGAAGGCAGGAAUGCCAUAUAUCUAUAUCUAUAUAGAUAUAUGUAGAUUGUUCCCAAGUUAUGAACAAGAUAGGUUCUGUAGGUUUGUUCUUAAACUGAAUUUGUAAGUUGGAGCAGGGACAUUUUUUAAGUGUAACUCCAAUAUAUAAUAGCUUUGGAUAGUAUAGGGAGAGAUGGACACCCAUGUGUGUUUCCUUGGCUGUCGGUGCCUCUGUUCAGAAGAUUUCGCCUCACUUUCUGUCCUUGUGAAAAUUGGAUUUUAAAGAAUCUGGUUUGUUGUGUAAACAAAGAUUGGAGAUCUUCAGUGGAGACCCCUUUUCCCAUGAAAAUAACUCUUUCAGGAGUAGAUUUCCCUUCCGAAGGGGAGGUUUCUCUCACUUCCUGUUGCCUCACCCCGUUCUAAACUAGGAAUCAUUUGCAAGUCGGAUGUUUGAAACUGGGACUGCUUGUGUGUGUGCAUGCGCGCGGGUAUGUAUGUAUGCAUAAUGUGUUUAAAGUAUUUCUGUAUUAUCUCCCAAGUCAUAAAGGCUCCUGAGGGAAGACCAAAUUAGAACAAUUUUGAGAACACAUUCAAAUGCUUUCCCAAAGCUGUUCUUUAAUUUGGGAGCUGCUGUGUUCCUGCUCCUGCCAAGCUGUAAAGACAAGGAGCCAUGCUGCUUGAGAGGGCUCCUUGCGAAAGUCAUGACAUGUGGAUGGUGCCGUGUGCCAUUCAGAAACAUGCGUGGGUAGCAAAGCAUCAUGUCGCUUAGCAACUGGGUCCUUGGCCUAGCAUUUCUAGAUAGGCAAUCAUUUAGAGCAGCUUGUUCUCAUGUUGCUGGCAAUAUAAUCAGUGUGCCCAUCAACUCUGCUGCUGUUGACUCCGUUUUUGUGGCAUCUGUGGCCAUGCGCGUCACUGGUUGCUUUUAUGGCUUGGAUAAAAUCAUGGAGUUGGAAGAAACCUCAAGGGCCAUCCAGGCCAGUCCUGUCCCCUUCUGCCAGGCAGGAAAGUGCAAUGAAAGCAUUCCUGACAGAUGGCCAUCCAGCAUCUGGUUAUAAAACCCCAGAGAAAGGAGAUUCCACUAGACUCCUAGGCAGUUGUAUGUUUGUGUACUUUACAGAUUUAGCAUCCCUUAUCUGGAAUUCCAAAAUCCACAAUACUCCAAAAGUGUCUGAAAUAGUAACAGUUUUGCUUUCUGAUGCUUCAACGUACACAAACCUUAUCUUGCUCUCGAAAAUAUUAUGUGCAUAAGAUUACCUUAUGGAUAUAAGGUGUGUAUCAAGUAUAAAUGACUAUUGUGUUUAGACUUGGGUAAUAGUUCCAGGAUAUUUCAUAAUGUAUGUAGGUGCAAAUACAGGUAUUCCAAUAUCCAGGGAAAAAUCCGUAUCCGAAACACUUCUGAUCCCAAGCAUUUCAGAUAGGCAGCACAUAACCUGUAAUACUGUUUGUUUUUUCACUGCUCAUCUUACAUUAGCCACUUUGAGCAUCUCUUUCUGGGAAGGAAAUUUCAGUUAAAAUCCUGUUUUAAAUCAGAAGACAUGAUAACCAUUAUUGUCUUCACAUCUGGAUUUCCUUGGCAGUUGGAAAAGUUAGCAAGAAGCAAUAGUCAAAAGACCCUUAAGAUAUUUAGUAAGAUCAGACUUCAAAUUGACCAUUUUGGAGACUGAUAUGGGUCAGAGGAUGUGAGAUUGGGAAAGCAAAGGAAUUCCAAUGGGUAUUGGUCCAGUGUCUUAAAAUCUUAGAGUAUGAAUGUGCUUUGUCAAUAAAAAGCUUCUCUAACAUCCAAGCAUGGAGUAAUCUUCAACACAGAUAUCUGUUGUCUUCAGGUUGUAGAAAGGAUGAAUGCAAAAGGACACGUGAGCUUCUCCCACUGAACCCCUUUCCAAAGAUUGCCCUUUGAUGUUGUAAGUUUUGUUGUAUAGAGACCGUCUGAUGAGAGAUUUGCUUUGAUUAGUUCUCUGAAAAGAUGGUAAUUGCAUGUGGAUUAGGGGUUGGACUGGCCAUCCAGUCCAACCCCCUGCUAAGAAGCAGGAAAUCGCAUUCAAAGCACCCCCGACAGAUGGCCAUCCAGCCUCUGCUUAAAAGUCUCCAAAGAAGGAGCCUCCACCACGGCCCGGGGGAGAGAGUUCCACUGUCGAACAGCCCUUCUCACAGUGAGGAAGUUCUUCCUGAUGUUCAGGUGGAAUCUCCUUUCCUGUAGUUUGAAGCCAUUGUUCCGUGUCCUAGUCUGCAGGGCAGCAGAAAACAAGCUUGCUCCCUCCUCCCUAUGACUUCCCUUCACGUAUUUGUACAUGGCUCUCAUGUCUCCUCUCAGCCUUCUCUUCUGCAGACUAAACAUGCCCAGCUCUUUAAGCCGCUCCUCAUAGGGCUUGUUCUCCAGACCCUUCAUCAUUUUAGUUGCCCUCCUCUGGACGCUUUCCAGCUUGUCAACAUCUCCCUUCAACUGUGGUGCCCAAAAUUGGACACAGUGUGAUUCCAGGUGUGGUCUGACCAAGGCAGAAUAGAAUAAGGGGGAGCAGGACUUCCCUGGAUCUAGAUGCUAUUCCCCUAUUGAUGCAGGCCAGAAUCCCAUUGGCUUUUUUAGCUGCCGCAUCACAUUGUUGGCUCAUGUUUAACUUGUUCCCCACGAGGACUCCAAGGUCUUUUUCGCACACACUGCUGUCAAGCCAGGCGUCCCCCAUUCUGUAUCUUUGAUUUCCAUUUUUUCUGCCGAAGUGAAGUAUCUUGCAUUUGUCCCUGUUGAAUUUCAUUUUGUUAGUUUUGGCCCAUCUCUCUAGUCUGUCAAGAUCGUUUUGAAUUCUGCUCCUGUCUUCUGGAGUGUUAGCUAUCCCUCCCAGUUUUGUGUCGUCUGCAAACUUGAUGAUCGUGCCUUCUAACCCUUCGUCUAAGUCGUUCAUAAAGAUGUUGAACAGAACCGGGCCCAGGACGGAGCCCUGCGGAUGGCACUCCACUUGUCACUUCUUUCCAAGAUGAAGACGACGCAUUGGUGAGCACCCUUUGGGUUCGUUCGCUUAGCCAAUUACAGAUCCACCUAACUGUAGUUUUGUCUAGCCCACAUUUUACUAGUUUGUUUGCCAGAAGGUCGUGGGGGACUUUGUCGAAGGCCUUACUGAAAUCCAGGUACGCUACAUCCACAGCAUUCCCUGUAUCGACCCAACUCGUAACUCUAUCGAAAAAAGAGAUCCGAUUAGUCUGGCCAGGAGUACCUCUGUCUUGUCUGGAUUCAGUUUCAAUUUGUUCGUCCUCAUCCAGUCCUCAUCCAAAACUAGAUUCUGGGAGGUGUAGUCCGAAAUACGGAGAAUCCUAGUUGCUUAGACUUGAUAUUGUCGCUUUGAUGACCUCUUUCAGAUGAGAGAAGUCUUUAGUAGCCAUUCUGGCAUGUCUAAGGCUGGAUCCUCACUGCCAUAUAAUCCACAUUAUCUACUUGUACUGAAUUAUAUGAUUCUACACUGCCAAUUAAUCCAGUUCAAAGCAGAUUAUCUAGAUUUUAUAUGGAAGUGUAGAUGGGGCCUAAGUGCCUGUCAUUGAGGUUAUGGGAAGAGGAUAAAGACUGGGUGCUGGUUAACAGUGCUGUGUAUCUUUCACUGAAAUGCAAGGGAGUUCUUUGAGGUAUUUUUCUUCAUUUGCCUACUCUUUUCAAUGAUGCUUGAAAAAAUGCGAUGGAUCAUGGAACUACUACCUACCUUACCUUCUUUCUUUUCUGUUUCUCAGAACCAAAAAAAGUACCAUAUUUUACAUCUCUGUGGUUGAUGCUAGCAAAUUUCAAGGCAUUAACAUGCCUUUUAGUGUCUGUGCCCAUGCUCAGCCAAUUUGUUUUCUUUUAUGCUGACCUUUAAAAAAAUUAGGACUCCUGAAAUGAGUUUUUCCUCCACCUUAAACGAUGGGCAUGACAACUUUCUGGCUGUUCUUUAAAAAAUUGAAAUUCUUGCUGUCUCGCUGACUUCUGAUGGUAACAUUGUGUAACACGAUUCCAGAGGUAGCCAGUCCUUAAGGUAACCGUCACCCGAAAGGAUCGUUUGCUAUCUUAGACUGAGAAAGUAAAGGUUAAGUGGUUUAGCAAUGUCAUUAGAGCUCCCUUAAGCCAAUUACUGCUCUUGCUGUGCUCAAAGCAACACUACCAGCCCUAGAGAUACGUCUUAGGUUCAUCACCUGACACUUCAUAAUCUUAUGGGAAGUUAGGUGUCUCUUUUGUCCACUCACUAUGUUUCAAGGCAUUUAUAUGUCAUGGGAAAUCCUUCUUCUCAAACCAGUUGCAACAUAGGGAAGUAAAGUGAUGGUUGUUCGGGAAGGUAUGCUGGUAGGUUCUUCCUGCAUGUAAAUGAAACAGCAGGCUAUUAAUAAUAAUAAUAAUAAUAAUAAUAAUAAUAAUAAUAAUAAUAAUAAUAAUAAUACUUUAUUUAUACCCCGCCACCAUCUCCCCAGCGGGGACUCGGGGCGGCUAACAUGGGGCCAUGCCCAAAGCAAUACAAUAUAAUAAAAUAUAAAACAGCAUAUCAUAACAUAAUUAAAAGUAAUACAAUAGAUAAUAAUAGACAUCACAUCAAGAAAUCAAGAAACAGUAAAACAAGAGCAGGCCGCAUGAACACAAAGAUAAAACCCGGAGUGAGAGGGACAGAGGGGUACUCCAAUGUGGACAGGGACCUAUAAGAGUGGGGCAGUUUAGAGGAUAGAUGUUAUUAAGUGUAUAAGAGCAUUUUGAGUGUGUUUUGGACCUAGGAAGCUCAUGAAAAACCUCCACUGAACAAAUCUUGCCAAGAAAACUCCCUGAUAGAGUCACCAUAAAUUGGAAAUGGUUGGAAAGCACAUUGCAGGGAUUACACAUUACAAUGAAGCUCAAGCCCUAAACCUAUGCUGCCCAGAACCUCCAGAAGCCAGUAAUCAUCUUGACAAUAUGAAUGGGAGUUCCUGGAACUGCAGAAGUUCUUUGCUUGUGAAAAGAAUGCCAAGGGCUGGCUAUACACUUACAUGAAAGCUGUGGUGAAUGAGAUCCGGCAAGGACGGGAUUGAACAAAACACCAAUAUGGCACCCAUUCACUUCUACACUAGGAACAUAAAAGCUCCAUCAGACCAAAGUCCAGCAUUUUGGAAAUUCCCAAAGCAAGAGAGAUAGAUGUCCUAUUCUGCUGUUGAUUGCAACUAUAGUAUGAUUAGUCUUCCUUUCCAUGAAUUUGACUUAUCCCAUUUAAAUGUGGUUGCUGUCACUCUCACAUUUUGUAACUACAAAUACUUUUAUAUCCUCCAAAACCUCAGGGGAUUGGCAAGUUAACUAGUCCCCUUCUACUAUUAACUAGUCCCGAUGCACAACAAUUAAAACUCAUUACAAAGCUUUAAAAAUUCAGAGUGUGUUCUGUAUUGCAUUAGUGAUUUGAGUCAUCCUUUAGGAGCGUGCGUAUUUUUACCACGUUGGUUUUUCAUCCUUCAUAUUAAAGACAUGCCCACUCACACUUGGGGGUGGGGGGCAUGCAUUUAAUUGAGUUGUCAGAAAUAAACAAAAAGGCCUGUGGUAUUUGGAGUGACCCUUUAGGGGCCUUCAUUUAGAAACCAUUCCUACAGAAACAAGGACACACCAGGAAUAGUUUUAUCUGUUUAUCAUUCAUGAUAAAACAAGAGAAGAUCUUAAUACAACUUGGAAUCCAGGGAAUGCAGCUCCUUUCCCAUAUCUCUGAGUUUGAAUGGUAGAUAUGGGCAUUCUUAUGUGGUUACAUAGCAGCAAGAUGCAUAUCUGAGAUUGAAGGCGCAUUUCAAAGCAAUUCUUGGCUUGAGGGGCAGUGUUUUACUAGGAGAAAUCUUAUGCAAUCCAUGACAUAUUGAAUCAAGAGAAGCUUUUGGCCUUCUUAAGAACUAGCAGGUAGUUAUGUGCAAGGUUAAAAAAGAUUGAAUUGCUGCCUUGCACUUUGACGAAUUAGCCUGGGAUCUGAGCUUCACUUCUUAACAUGAAAAUCCUUUCAUUUCAAUUAAGCGUUUUCUAAGCUUCAAGCCCAUUGUUAGCGGCUGUUGUCACUGUCACUGGUGCAGGAAAGCUGUCGCCAAGGACAUUUCUUCAAAUGAAGCGGUGUCAGUGGAACUGCGCACUCUCUUGACAUGUGCCUACUCUUCCACUCCAAUCCGGGAAUUGCUAACAAUUUCUAUAAUUUGAAUCUAUUCUGUCCUGGUCUCUAAAGCAGCAGAAAACAGGCAUGCUCCCUUCUCAACAGGACAUCCUUUCCAAUAUUUACACAUGGAUCUCAUGUUUCCACCAUCAAACAGAUUUUUCUGAUCUUUGGGGUUUUUUUUUGUGAGGGUGAAGUUAUAGCAAGGUUUCUCUGAGAUAAAUUAUAAUUCUCCGUUUUAGGUCAUCAUAGAUGUUGCUAAAUUUGAAAACUAAGCUCUCACAGUGCAAGUACAGAAUACAAAACAAGAGCGCAACAGCAUUUUAUGGAAUUAGCUUUGUACUCUGUGGUUCGGAGACCACAAUGUAGAUGCUGUUUCUAUUUAGAACUGCACCUCCUUCUCUCAGCAAGCCAUGCAAAAGAGGAAAAACACAGCUUGCUUCCCACCCUAGAGGACGGGAUCUCAUGAGACAUAGAAAAAUUGGUUUCUGGGGACUAGGGCUGGUGUGUAAUGAGGUGACAUCACAUCUUACGAACACACAUUGGGUGAGAAGCCUCCUUGAGCUCAGGGGCCAAAACGCGAGUCUGAAAGCCACAAAAUGUUUGGCAGGGAAUUAGUGCUGCUCUCCUUCACAUCACGCAAGUGACAGAGCUGUCAAGGGACUGGGGGGAAAUGAAGUUAAUGAGCAGAGCAUUCAUCAGGAGACCUUACUCUAGUCGGAGGGGCGGCCUUGGAGAGAGAGUGGGGAUAGGCACUCGCUCCAUGCCCAUUCUUGCUUUCUCAUGGGAACCCAGUUGAGAUUAAGACUGUGUUUUAUUCGCUACAGCAGAAACAGAAAGUCUUGGUACAGCUCCAAAGACAAGAAGGUGUUGUCUCAGGUGAUACAUGAUCUGGGACGUCCAAGUCUUCAAGUACGUUACAAAGCCACACCAGCGUACAAGGAUGCAAGGCAAAUGCAGCACAAUUGAAGCAAAGGAAUGCUCAUGUACAGCAAAAUGGGCCAAGUAAUUGUGUGGCAACCAAAUGCCCUACAAAAGCAAAACUAGAAGGUCUUGUGAAAAUCUCUGUGGUCAUGGCUGUGUAUUUUUCGCUUUGCUGUAGAUCCAAAAUGUAUGUGUGGAACUGCAAUCAUUUGCAUUUGUAAGAUGGGUUUCAAUAGUUGAGCCCCUUUCUCUCCACCGCCACCACUACACAUUAUUACCUAACUCCCCAGUCUCCAUUAUUGAACCACAAGAGGAAAUAACUUCACUCUUGUUGGCAAAGCACUUCAGUAGUUGUGCCUUGGUCCUCAUUUAUGAAAAAUGUAUUUAUUAAAAGUGUUCAUGAAUCCAAGUGUUGGCGCAAAUUAAGCCUCCAAGGGAACAGUAUUCAAUUAUUGGCUACUACAGCCAGAAAGCCCCUUUUCUAUCUCUCCACAGUGCAGAGGCAAGUUGGGGCACCGGGGCCAGACAGGCCCCCAUUAGAUUAAAUAUUGGAGAAAAAUGUCCUGCAGUAUACUCUCAAACAGCUUUUAGGGGCUAUUGGCCACAAUCUUGCCACACAUUUUAUUCCAUUUGAAUCAGCACAUAGGUCACAUCUUGCUGAAGAAAAGACUGCAAUUUCGAAAUGAUUUUUCAAAAUACAUUUUGGGCCCUGGAGGCUGCAAAAUAGCACCAGGACAGUGGUUCUCAACCUGUGGGUCUCCAGGUGUGUUGGCCUACAACUCCCGAAAUCCUUUAACCAGCUGUUAGGAUUUCUGGGAGUUGAAGGCCAAAACAUCUUGGGACCCACAGGUUGAGAACCACUGCCCUGGGAGAACUCUCUCUGUCCUACCUUCAUCAGCUUUUUAUUUCUCAUCCCCAAAGCGACCUUCCAGACAAGCUAGCUGGCGAACUGAGCAAGGGCAUUUCCAUGAUGUUACUAAAGUUUUCUGCAAUAACUUUACAUAAAAACAUAGAUCUUUAGCACAAAUUGCUUGGGCUGGGAGAUUUGGUUUUAAAAUGUGUCCCUUUUUUGAAAACACUUUUUGCUAAUGCUGUUUUUUAGACUUUGACGCCAAUCAUUUCUGACAUCCCCUUCAACUUUAGUUGCUGCUGUGAGGUGACUUACAGGAAAGCGUUUACUGUUGACACUGAGCUCCAUGAACGUUCUCACGGAAAGUUCACAGUGGCAGCAAGGAAGGAAAAACAACAACUUCUAGAUGGAAUGGGGGAAGUAGAAAGAAGUAGAAAUCAUGCGUUAUAAGUUAUUAUGGAAACGUAAAAGUACAGCUAAGUCGAUCAGGCACUUGACGUAUUACAGGACUAAAAAGAGCACUGGAAAGAUGAGUGCUUUAAAAUGAAAUAAUAGAAAAUUGCUAAUGCUUCGGGUCUCAGCGAACAAGAAGAAUCUGACAGCUGAAGAGGCAACUGUUGUAUUAUGUCAUCUGCAGGCUGGCAGAGAUGGACGCCCACAGUGUGGGGAAGAAAGUACAGGGGUGACUGGCAUUGAGCGCAUAACCUGGAGUGGGAGCCCAAAGUGGAGGCAAAACCAUCUCUGAAAGCAUUGGUAUCAGUGUUGGAAACUGAGAGAAGAGUCAGUCCUGAUGGGUCCUUUCUCUCUUACUUGAUCAUCUUUUCUUCUCUCCUCUUCUCGAGCUAAACCUGUCCAGCUCCUCAGAGGGAUGAUUCAUGACUUCCAAAUCUUUGACCACUUUGGUCACUCUUCCCUGGACACCUUGCAAUCAUGUCCAUCUCCUUCUUGAAUUGUGGGGCCUGUUUUGAUGGUUUUCCUGCCUGGCAAAAGGGAGCUGGAUUGCGUGGCCCUUGUGAUCUUUGAUUCUAGGCCAGACGUGGGCAAACUUUGUUCCUCCAGGUAGCUGUUAGGAAUUGUGGGAGUUGAAGUCCAAAACACCUAGAGUGCCGAAGUUUGCCCAUGCUUGGGUUAACCCUUUUGUGAGCUUCUCUCUUGUUGGCUUUGGCCAGCUGUGAGAAGGGGGAUGCUCUCUCUGGCAGAUCCAUAGAAUCAUAGCAUUGGAAGGGACCCUAGAACCAACCUGUCCAACCCCAUACUGCCAAGCAGAAAAACACCAUUGAAGUCAUCCCAACCGAUAGCUAUCUAGUCUCUGUUUAAAAACCUCCAAAGAAAGAGAUUCCAUUAAAUCUCAAGGGAGCAGUUUUGAAGAGCUUUAAUCAUCAGGAGAUUCUUCCUAACGUUGAAGUGGAUUCACUUUUCCUUUUCCAGAAAACAAGCAUGACUCAUACUCAGUAUGACAUCCUUUCAAAGAUUUAAACUUGGUUGUCAUGUCUUCUCUUUACCUUCUCUUUUUCAAGUUUGACAUAAACAGCCCCAUAAGCUGUUCCUUGUAGGGCUUGGCUUCCAAAACUUUGGCCAUUUUGAUUGCCCUUCUCUGGACAUCUGGUCCAUCUCCUUGAAUUUUUGGUGCCCAGAAGUGGGCACAGUGUUGUCAUUCCAGGUGAGGUCUGACCAAAGCAGAAGAGAGUGGGACUAAGACUUCUUUUGACCCAGACAUUAUACUCCUAUUGAAGCAGCCUAGAAUCGCAUUGGCUUGUGUACUAGGAUUGCGAUGAUGAUGGGUGUGCAGUUCAGUAGGAACACAGAUGUUUCCAAAAUUCUUAAAUGGCUGUUUUGGCACCUCUUGAAUCUGUUCUGAGAGAGAGGCCAAGGAUAUGGGUGGGGUUGUGUUUAAUUUGAAUACUGUACCUCCGGGACAGGGAACUCUCUUUGCAAUGGGGCUGGUGUAGUCCACCUGGAGUCCUCAGGCUAAGAUAGGGAAGGAUUUACUCGAACAUUUCCUUGUUUUUUCAGUUUGCAGCUACUCACAUUGUCUGACUCAUGCAGUGCUUCUAGGACCAAGCCACCUUAAACCUGUUACUUGUUCACUCGGUGGUUAGGAAAACAAAUUCACUGCCUCCAUUGCGCAGGUGGGGCGUUGACUUGGAGAACUGCUGGCCCGAAGCAAUGCUGGUGAGCUCAUGGUUUGGCUGCUAUUUGAACCCAGGUGUCCCAUACUAAAGUUCAACAUCAACUUCUUCAAUGUAUACCCAGUCUUUCACUGCAAAGUUAAUACUAGAUAUUAAGGUUACAUGGUGCAUCAGAGGUCAGCAGUUAUGCUGAUUGCAGUGGAUAAUAUUUUUGUUCAUGGACACUAUGUGUUACUAUCCAAUAAGAGCUGUUCAUCAGUGGAAGGUACUGAGUAUGGUCUUUAGAGGUUAUUAACAGUCAGUAUGACUAUCCAUUCGAAGUGCUUUGGUUGUUUGCUCUGCCUGGCACAAUGAGGUUGAACUGGAUGGCCCUGCCUUCGAGGUCCUUUCCAACACUUGGAUUCUGUGAUCCUAGAAAGGGAUUCACAGUCCGCUUCCAGUUGUGAUGAGGAAGUGUCUGGCACCUACCAUCUUCAGGUGUCUUUCACUGAUACAGUAUUUGGGGGAGCUUCGAGAUCUGUAGAUGCCACUUGUAGCUCACUGACCCUAUUCCAAUCUGCCUUUAUAACAACAACAACAACAACAACAACAACUUUAUUUAUAUCUCGCCCUUUCUCCCCAAUGGGGACUCAGGACAGUUAACAACAUACAGUGGUAAAUAUUCAGUGCUGUAAAGUGCAGUCAACAGUAAAUACGACUACCAUGAGUUAAACAAUAACACAAUAACAGCAAUAUAGUCAGUCCCCCACAUUUGCUGGGGUCAGGGGCACAGGACCCCCAGGAAAGUGGAACAUCACAGAUUUUCAAAAAUGCCAUUUAUGCUUGGAAGAAGCAUAAAAGAAAAUUGUAUACAAAGAUAUCACAAUUGACUUUGAUUCAAGAAGCCUUCAAGCAAGGUGGACAUUCCAAGGCUGGCAAAAGAUGGCUAGUAUAUGCCAUCUUGAGGCAACCUCCAACUGAAAACAAGGACAGAAAUAAACCAACAGGACUAUAACCUGAACUGGUCUGAAUAUGCACAAAUACAUCAUCAAUACCAAAAGGAUAUACAGAUAGAAUUUGAAGAAGAAAAGACUAAUUUUGACAAGAUACUGCAAUUAGGAAAUAACAGUUUAAGUUCUACAAUCUUCUACUAAAAUUACACAUAGAAGAUGAAUAUGUCAAGGAAUGUAUGUUUGAUCAGCUUCGAUACUCACCUAAGCUGAUUGAACAUACAGUCCUUAACAUAUUUGUCUUCUGUGUGUAAUUUUAACAGGAGAUUGUAGAACUUAUAUAGAACACCUCUUGAGAGUAAACAUAAAAAUAUUUAAAAACUUUUCACUUCUGGAAAAUUUCUAUAAAAUGUUUUAGCAAUCCUACCUGACACCUGUUAAAAUGGCCAAAAUGCAGCCACAAUGGGAAACACGUGUUGGAAAUGCAAACAAGCAAUGGGAAUUUUUUUUCCAUAUUUGGAGGUCCUGCAAUAAGACAAAAAACUUUUGGAUUGAGAUCCAUAAAACUAUUGAAAAAGUACUAAAGCUAAAAUAUCAAUGCAUCCAAAGACAUUCUUCCUAUUAGGAAUAAUAGACAGAUCACUUCUGAAAACACAAGACAAACUCUUCACUCUGAUGACUGUUGCAAGAAUCGUUUAUGCACAGGCUUGGAAGCUGGAGGAAACACUGGAAAUGGAGGAAUGGAUGGUGAAAGUGGCGAAAGUGGCAGAGAUGGACAUUCUGAUGAGAUACCUUCAGUCAAAAGACCGGAGUUUGGGAAGGACUUGGAACCCUUUAAAAAGUUUCUAGAAGGAAGGACUAUUUCAACGUGGGGACUUCAUGUUUAAAAUGGAAAGUCUGACUACUAUUAAAUCUAAAUUCACCAACAUAUUGUUCAAUAUACUCCUGAAGAAAGAUGACGAAGAACCCUUAAAAUGCUGUUUUUCAAAACCUGGGACAGCAUCUUUCUAGGAAUUUCUUGGUCCUCCACCUUGUGGGAACUAACACACAAUUGUACUGGAGGACCUGGAGAUUCCUGGAGAGAACAUUUUAAUCAAAUCCAUAAAGCCAGAAACGUAAAUGCGGAAGGAUGAUUGUUGAAUGUAAUAAUACAACAAAAAUGCAGCGUGUGGACACCGAUCUGUGUGAGGACAACUUGCAGGUGAAACCUUUUUGAGGAUUGUGGGCAUGAGUUAAAAGUAGGGGAGAACAGACGUUGGUUGAUUUAAAAAAAUGGCCAGACUAAACCUAUCUAGAGCAGGCGUGGGUCAACUUAGGCCCUCUAGGUGUUUUGGACCUUAGCUCCCACAAUUUGGCUGUUAGGAAUUGUGGGAGUUGAAGUUCAAAACACCUGGAGGGCCAAGGUUGGCCCAUGCCUGCUCUAGAGGGAGAUUUUUAUAGCAUUGGGUGUCAGGGCAAACCCCACACUGGUAAACUCUGAAAGCAGCAGGAAUAGUGUUGAUGGGCAACUUCAGCUCCUGAUUGCCUUGAAAACCGGCAGGUGUCUGAUCGCAUAUAUCUGAAGGUGAAUGGGAACCUCCAUGGGGCAGAGAACUCUUCAGACUUGAGGCCAGACACCUGUGCAGGACUUCGUUCUUCAGGGAUUUCCACAUCAGUGCGUAUUUCUCCUGUUGUGUGUUGGUUGUUGUGCUGUUUAUUUUCAGAAGUCACUGACUGUCCCCUGGCCUCCCAGUGCUCUCAUCCUUCGAAUUGCCAGCAGUAACUGCUUAAAAAUUUCAGAGAAAAUUGAUGACAGCUCAGUGAGGUGUCAGAUUGCCACUUGAGGCAGCUGUUCCGAAGAGUGUGGUGUGCUUGGCAGAUCUGUCUCAGGCCAUUAAAGCCAGCCUUACGUCUUCUUAGCCACAGCACUGAUGCUAUUUCCUUUAGUUACCUCACUGUGUUCUUUCUGCACUUGGAGUUUGCUUGUUUGCUUCCUUAUUGACAGCAAUUAGGUAUACAUUGUUAGGCUAAAAAAGGUUGGUAGUUUAAGUUCCAUCCUGAGUAAAUAUAUACUUUUUUCCUUUAGAGCAGGCAUGGGCAAACUUUGCCCCUCCAGGUGUUUUGGACUUCAACUCCCAUAAUUCCUA